AAGCGUUCCGGCCUGAUCGUUGGGAGACGGGAGACGCCGGGGUGCGGCACGUAGCCCGGCCCCUCUCCCCCUGGCAGGCUGCGCCUCCUGUAACCCCGCGGCCUGACCGAAGCCUGAGGUGGACGCGGCUCCGGCAGCGAGGCGAGCGGCCUAGUGGGGGCCUGAGGCGAGCGCGGCGCGGGCUCUAACAGCGGCGGCCGCGCUCUAGGCCUCGGCGCUGGCGGCGGCGAUGCUGUGGCAGCGGUUGGCUGUAGUCGAGUGGGCGGCGCUUGCCUGGGAGCUUUUGGGCGCCUCGGUGCUGCUCAUAGCCGUGCGCUGGCUGGUCCGGCGGCUGGAGAAGCGACCGCAGAACCUGGACCGUUGCGCGACACUCUCCUCUCCGUCCGCCCCGUCUGAAGCUGUGACCACUCAGCCAGGUGAAAUGACAAUGGAUGCCAUGUUGGCUCGAUUGAAACUCCUGAAUCCAGAUGACCUUAGAAAAGAAGUAAUGAAAGCUGGAUUGAAAUGUGGACCUAUUACAUCAACAACAAGAUUUAUUUUUGAGAAGAAAUUAGCUCUGGCUUUACUAGAGCAAGGUGGAUUGCUUACUUCCUCUCUUCCCAACCACAGUGAGGUGACUGCAAGGAGUCCUGCAUCUGUAGAAGGGAAACAAACUCAGCAGUCCAGUUUUCCUGAAGACAAAGAUUUUGGCUACAGUGUGGGCUUGAACCCUCCAGAAGAGGAAGCUGUAACAUCUAAUGCCCACCCAGUACCUUUCAGUGCCUCUGCCAAGAAUGACAACCACAAGGCCGGAGAGACAGCUGCUAAAGAGCCACUUCUGUACUAUGGAGUAUGUCCAGUAUAUGAGGAUGGCCUUGUGAGAAAUGAAAAGAUUCAUGUUUAUGAAGAUAAAAAGGAAGCAUUACAAGCCGUCAAAUUGAUCAAAGGGUCCCGGUUUAAAGCUUUUCCAACAAGAGAAGAUGCUGAGAAAUUUGCUAGAGGAAUAUGUGAUUAUUUCCCUUCUCCCAACAAAACUGUCUCCUCACUGUCUCCCGUGAAAGCAGUGCCACUCUUGAGUAGUGAUGGACCGAAAGCAGAUGGUUUGUGUCUGGCUGAAUCAGAAACAGUAAACAAAGAACGAGCAAACAGUUAUAAAAGCCCCCGUACACAGGACCUCACUGCCACACUGCGGAAAGCUGUUGAGAAAGGGGAUGGACGCAUGUUUUCUGAUCUUAUCUGGAGUAAUCCCCGAUAUCUAAUUGGUUCUGGGGACAACCCAACCAUUGUACAAGAAGGAUGUAGGUACAAUGUCAUGCAUGUUGCUGCCAAAGAGAAUCAGGCUUUUGUGUGCCAGCUGACAUUAGAGACUCUGGAGAAUCCUGAGUUUAUGCGUCUGAUGUACCCAGAUGAUAACCAGGAUAUGCUGCAGAAACGCAUCCUUUACAUCGUUGACCUUUAUCUGAAUACUCCUGACAAAGUGGGCUUUGAUACACCAUUGCAUUUUGCUUGUAAAUUUGGAAAUGUGGAUGUAGUCAAUGUGCUUUCUUCACACCCUUUGAUUGUGAAAAACCCAAAGAAUAAAUAUGGUAAAACACCUGAAGAUGUAAUUUGUGAAAGAAGCAAAAGCAAAUCUGUAGAGCUGAAAGAAAGGAUUAGAGAAUACUUAAUGGGUCACUACUAUGUGCCACUUCUGAGAGCAGAAGAUACUUCUUCUCCUGUCAUUGGGGAGCUAUGGUCCUCAGACAAGAGAGCUGAAGCCUCUAAUGCUGACCACUGUCGAAGUAGCCCCAGAGAUCCUGUGAUGACACUGAGAGCUUUUGUGGGACCUCUGAGUCCAUCCAAGGCAGAAGAUUUUCGAAAGCUCUGGAAAACUCCACCUCGAAAAAAAGCAGGCUUCUUCCACAGCAUCAGAAAGUCUGACCCAGAACGAGGCACUGAGAGAGUCGGAAGGGAGCUAGCUCAUGAGCUGGGUUAUCCCUGGGUUGAAUACUGGGAAUUUCUGGGAUGUUUUGUUGAUCUGUCUUCCCAGGAAGGCUUGCAAAGACUAGAAGAGUACCUUGUCCAGCAGGAAAUAAGCAAAAAGGCUCAACAAGAACUAGGAAAAAAUGAAGGCUGCCUUCAGAACAGAGCCUUGAGUUUUGGCAGUGGAAAGAAGUACAGCAAUUCCAUCUCUGUGGGAGCAUUUCUAGAUGGAGAUGACGACAUUAGCUUGGAAGAGAUUAAAGACCAGCAAAAUACAGUUCCGAGUCAGAGUCAGCCCACAAUCGAUAAAUCCCAAACCUCUGAAUGUGGUUCCUUUUCCUUGGGACACAAGGUGGACCCUGGAGAAGCCUCAGUUGGAUCUUGCCCCCAUAACAGCAAAAAUGGGUUUUGUAACCCUCUGAACAACAGGACCACAGGUGGAAGGGAACUAGAGGCCAGCAGUGGAGAGGAAACCCUUCCUGUUUCUAGUCUGACUCUAGAGUUUGAUAAAAUGAAUUUGUACAGUCUAGGAGACAGCCUUUUUGAGACACCAAAUAAAAAUAGGAAACUACAGGAUGAGAUACUAGCUUCAAGAAAGGAUGUGGUAGGAAGUGACUUGCUGGCAUCUCCUCCUGUGGUAGCGAGACUUGAAAAUAACCAAGUCAGGACCAACAGUGAGGUAUCAGAGGCAAUGGCUGAAAUGUCUUUGGGCCCCAGCAGUCCCCAACUUGGGAUUCAGGCUGGUCUGGAACCUGUGUUCUCAUCUACCAAGGGAGAUUCCACCAAGAGGCUCUUCCUUUCUGGAGAAGAGCCAUCAAAACUAGAUCGAGAUGUUUUAGCAGCUCUUGAGUAUGCGAAUAUUGACCCUGAUCUGUACCCAGCUGUCCACAGGUGGAAAAGAACUGUCCUGUGCUACUCACCCUCAGACAGACAGAGUUGGCCAAGUCCUGCACUGAAAGGGAAGUUCACAACUGAGCUGUUGGAUCUUGGUUGCUGCUCAGGACGAUGCAGUCCAGCUGGUUGCAGCCCCAGUAAGCUUGGCCACACCACUUCCUCCUCUGGCCUGCACAGCCCCGGACGCUACAGUCCAGCCCAUGGGAGCCACUUUCAAAGGGUGGCACACGUGGCCCGACUUGCAGCUCUGUAGAGCCAGCCAGUAUACUCACUCCUGGGGUUCAUUUACUUCUUUGUUUUUAAAAGAAGGGUAAUGUGUUUAUUGGUAAAAAUUCCAUGAAAGAAUGUAUUCUUAAUCCUCACUUUGAGGGUACCAGAAUUUUAGAAAAUACAAUGUUCUGAAUAUAAUUUCAAUGUCUGCUAUUUUGGAAAAAGUUAAUGAAAGCAAACUCAGAUACAAGUUGUUUGAAAAUUGCGGCUGUAGUAAUGAUUCACACUUUUCAAAUGGAAAAGUCUAGUUUUGGAAUGGAACAAAGAUGCAGAGGCAGCUGAUAGACAAGUGAGGCAUUGCUCUAAUUGGGCAUUAGCAGCAGCUCUGUAAUGCCUGCAUGCACACCCACUGUUCCUAUAACACAUACACUGUGUGUUGUCUCUUUCUUUUGGGAGUAGAGGGGGGCAGCUUUCUAAUAUGCAAUGGCAAAAAUGUGUUACUUCGUCCUAACUGUUCCAACAGUGAGAAAGCAGGUGGUAGAGAAGCAAAUGGGCCUUGGUUAUCUCAGUCUUCAGUAACAAUGCUCAUAACACUGCCAGAAAUUUGAAGGGAAAAAAAAAAAAACUUGGAUGGCAAAGUUAAAGCCAUUGGGAAUCAUGCCAGUAAUUGAAAACUCACCAGCAGUAACAAACAAACAAAAACAUAUUUUUCAGUAUUUCCAUGUGCUUUUACUUAGUUGUUGGUGUAAUAAGUAAUCUAAAGGUUGUUCUGCAGUCUUAAAUGUUAUCCUGAGACUUCACUGAGCAUGACUACAUGUGUGAAUCUCAUUUUAGAAUUCAUUUAAAGAGCAUUACACUACAGUUUAGAACUCGAGAUUUUGAGUUCAUUUCAGUUGCUUACGAUGUUUACUUUCGCCUACCCCUUGGCACUAGCCUCAAAAGAUGUAUACAAAGUGGUACGAAACAUCUUGAGGUACCAAGAUAAAACUACCUUGCUGAAAGUGAGACUUGGAUAACCACUGCUUGCACAAAGCCAGUAGUGUUCUAUGGACACUUGUAGUGCUUAAUCCCAAUGAAAAACUAUAUGCCACUGAUUUUGCCAACUUCGGUGCCUUUUGUGAGUCAUUUUUAAUUUUCCUAAAUUUAGAUUUUUGAGAUUUCACAAUUGUAAAUGAGUGCUAGAUUCUCUUUUGUUCAUUAAAAUUUCAGUCACGAGUGGUGGCACAGCCUUUAAUCCUAGCACUUUGGAGGCAGGAGCAGGGGGAUUCGUGAGUUUGAGGUCAGCCUGGUCUACACAGUGAGCCCUAUGCCAGCCAAAACUACAUAGACCUGUCUCAAAAAGCCAAAAUAAUAAUAAUAAGAUAAAAAUCCUGGAAUUCAAAUGUUUAGGGUUUAAGCUUAUUUUAAUGCAAUAAAAAAUAGGUCAGAAAUAUUAAAAUUGAGAUUGAGAACUUUGGAUUCAAAGUUUAUUAUCUGGAGUGUUUCAUUCCCUGUGUAAGCAGAUGAGAUCAAAGUACAAGACAGCUAAUAUAGUGACCUAAAAUCAAUUCCAAAGAGAUUAUCUUUGUUCUCAAAAGAAACCAAAAUCAUUAUAUUCAGCUGUGAUCUUGUUUUCUCUAAAGUCUUACCAUUUUGUCCUGUGUUUUUGUUGUUUUGUGGGUUUUUUUGUUUUUUUUUUUUUCUCGGGGGGGUAUCCAUAUGCAAAUAAAAAUAUCAAAGCACUAGCUUUGCCCUAGCUUCACACUUUUGUUUUUUUAAUCUUAUUUUUUAAUGACAUUUAAGGAAACUUUUGGGAGUCAAUUCUUAUACCAUGUAGAUCUCAGGGAUCCAACUCAGGUCAUUGGACUUGACAGUUUUACCUACUGAGCCAUCUUGCUAGCUCAUUUUAAACUUUAAGCCAUCUUUGGACUAUUUUUCCACUAGUUAUGAAGGGUAUGAUACCUGUUAGUAACACCUGGUGAUUCUAUGUCAUAAACCCUAUUUAAUAAAUCAUUUCUACACAGUGCUUUCAGAAAGAUCACUUAAUUGUUAUCUGGACAGAAUCCUCUUUUAGUAAAACUGUAAGCAGUAUUCAUGGUAAAAUACAUUAAUUUGAGGAUAAUAUUGAUGUUUGUGAGAUUUUUUUUAAAUUUAUCAUGUAUACAGUGUUCUGCCUGCAUGUACAAUUGCUCACCAGAAGAGGGCACCAGCUCUCCUAGAUGGUUGUGAGCCACAAUGUGGUUGCUGGUAAUUGAACUCUGGACCUUUGGAAGAAUAGCUAGUGCUCUUACUAUCUUGCCUGGAUGGGACAACAAGUAAACUGGAUAAGUUUACUUGUUGGAUUCUGGC